GACACUCAACCCUAAUUUUGACAAUACACCUAUUAAACCCUCGUAUCCACUUUACGCUCUCUUCCUUAAAGCAGCAGCACCUGAAGCAGAGGCCAAAAGCAGAGCUUCACAGAUUCUUAUCGACCUUCGCUUCACUGCUUGAACUGCCAAGAUGUAUACAUCAAGGAAGAAGAUCCACAAGGACAAGGAUGCUGAACCCACUGAAUUUGAAGAGACAGUUGCUCAGGCAUUGUUUGAUUUGGAGAAUACCAACCAAGAUUUUAGGGCCGAGUUGCAAGAUCUGUAUAUAAACUCAGCAGUUCAAAUGGAUGUUUCUGGAAACCGCAAGGCAGUUGUCAUUUAUGUACCCUACAGAUUGAGGAAGGCAUUCCGCAAGGUUCAUUUACGUCUUGUUAGAGAACUGGAGAAAAAGUUCAGUGGAAAGGAUGUUGUCCUGCUUGCCACCAGGAGGAUAUUGAGGCCACCAAAGAAAGGCUCUGCUGUUCAGCGACCUCGCACCCGCACACUAACCGCUGUUCAUGAAGCCAUGCUUGAAGAUAUGGUGCACCCUGCUGAGAUUGUUGGGAAGCGCACCAGAUACCGAAUUGAUGGAUCCAAAAUAAUGAAGGUUUUGUUGGACCCAAAGGAGAAAAACAAUACUGAGUACAAGCUGGAGACAUUUGCUGGAGUAUACAGGAAGCUUACCGGGAAGGAUGUAGUUUUUGAAUAUCCAAUUACAGAAGCUUGAAGAACUUUGAUGGGACAAGCUUAUGUGCUGUGCUUAUUUAUUUUAGAGUUCUUAAUUGCAUUGGAUAGGGGUACUAUUUGAAAUUUUGACUGUGAUUUAAGUUUGUUUUUCAAAUAGGACAAAUGAAUAUUUUGUUGAAAUACUCUUUCUGCGGCCUUCACAUUAAUGAAUCUUUUUGGCUUUCUUAAUUCCUGGUUACGGAAGAAA